CGUCCCCAUCCUUUCCCUUUCCGUUCCUUCCCAGUCCCCGGAGAAGGAGUCCAGGAAGGAUUACUCCUCACCGGCUCUGCCGGCUGAGGAGCUGCCGGGACGGAGCUGGGCCGUUCGCGGGCGGAGACAACGCGUCAUGUCGGCGGCCCAAGGUUGGGACGGAAACCGCCGGCGAGGAGGGGGCACCGCGGGGGCCGGCGGCGGCGGCGGCGGUGGAGGCGGCGGGGGUGGGGGCCGCGGAGCGGGUCUGCUCAACCGCUUCGUGAAACUCUGCGGGCCGCCACACCUGCCAGGUAAGAAGAAAAUACGAUGGGACGCUGUUAGGAGAUGCUUCACUCAGUCCUGUCCCAUCCUAAGGAUCCCUAAAAGGUUUUUGAGAGGUCACAGAGCUCCACCACCACGAAGUGGACAUCGGUGUGUGGCAGAUAAUACCAAUCUGUAUGUAUUUGGAGGUUAUAACCCAGAUUAUGAUGAGUCAGGAGGACCAGAGAAUGAAGAUUAUCCUCUCUUCAGGGAGCUUUGGAGGUACCACUUUGCUACAGGAGUCUGGCAUCAAAUGGGCACAGAAGGUUACAUGCCCAGAGAGCUGGCAUCUAUGUCACUUGUAUUGCAUGGAAACAAUCUGUUGGUGUUCGGAGGUACUGGCAUUCCCUUUGGUGAGAGCAAUGGCAAUGAUGUCCAUGUCUGCAAUGUAAAAUAUAAACGGUGGGCACUUCUCAGCUGUAGAGGGAAGAAGCCCAAUCGGAUUUAUGGACAGGCAAUGGCUAUUAUAAAUGGCUUCCUUUAUGUCUUUGGAGGAACAACUGGCUAUGUGUACAGUACGGACCUACAUCGGUUAGACCUGAAUACACGGGAAUGGAUACAGCUAAAACCAAACAACCUUUCUUGUGAUCUACCAGAAGAAAGGUAUAGACAUGAAAUUGCACAUGAUGGGCAGAGGAUAUACAUCUUAGGAGGUGGGACUUCCUGGACAGCUUAUCCCUUAAACAAGAUUCACGCAUACAACCUUGAAACAAACACGUGGGAGGAAAUUGCAACAAGACCCCAUGAAAAAAUAGGUUUCCCUGCAGCCAGAAGAUGUCACAGUUGUGUACAAAUAAAAAGUGAUGUAUUUGUUUGUGGUGGUUAUAAUGGAGAAGUAAUUCUGGGAGAUGUCUGGAAAUUGAGUCUGCAAACUUUCCAGUGGUUAAAGCUUCCAGCUGUUAUGCCUGAGCCAGUUUAUUUCCACUGUGCAGCUGUUACACCAGCUGGUUGCAUGUAUAUUCAUGGAGGAGUGGUGAACAUUCAUGAAAAUAAACGGACUGGAUCAUUAUUUAAGAUAUGGCUGGUGGUGCCCAGUCUUCUGGAACUGUCAUGGGAGAAACUUCUUGGGGCCUUCCCUCACUUAGCAAACCUCUCCCGGACACAACUUCUGCACCUUGGACUCACACAGGGACUCAUUGAGCGGUUGAAAUGAGGAUUUCUGGACUGUUCAUUCACCCUGGAAAUAAUAAUUUAAAGAGACUUCUUUCUCUAUUUAUGAGCAGCGUGGAGUGUCCUACCAAGAGGAUUGAGUACCCUGAUCAAGGCCUUACUCAGAAAAUACAUCCGAUGCCUUUCUGUAAAUUUGUUUUUAAGUUUAUGGAAAUGUGUGAAUUUCCCCUUAUGCUGCUUCUCCUUCUUCCCUGUCCCCUUCCCCCAGUUCCCUCUUUUUUGAUGGGAAAAGGAGGGGGAGUUUAUCCCUCUGAACAUCUCUUUAAAAUAUCAUGAAUCAAGAUAAAAGUAUAAACUUCUUUUUCAGGAAAAUUCUGAACAUAUAGUCAGCAACUUUUGGCUAGUGCUCUCUGCCUUUGAAAUAUCAUCACCAGAUUACAGUAGUUCAUAGGAAGGGUACUUGGAUGAGAGCUUUGCUGGUUUUCCUUGACCCCAGAUGUUUUAAUUUAUUGUUUAUGAAGAGGUAUUUAAUUGAGUAGAUCUUUCUAACUGCAGCAGUCUUUGACAUUUUACUGUAUAGACAGCCCAAAUGCAUACAUUGGCUUUUGAUGGGAGGGUAAGGCAACUCAAUAGUUCUAGAUUGUUUACCUAUUUGUCCCUUUGGGGUAGGGAAAUGUUGGCUUACCUAAGAACUUAUAUGUACAUUAUGGUCAUGCUCUAUAUUGCUGCUCCUGAAGACCAGGGUACCAGGAACAUUCCAAAUAAAAAAGGGACUGUCAGCCAAAGCAAGCCAGAAUGACUUAAAAACACUGGCAUGCUCUUUCAGUGUUUUUCAGUGUUUCCUGUCUCACCUCAUGGUGAAAUGUGAGUAUAAACAAAUUGCUCAAGAGUCAUGUAAUAUGGAUUGUUAAGUCAAUCAUGAGGUCCUAGGAUCAUGUAGUUUAAAGUGUAUAAGGAUAACCUGCAGCUGUUUCCUUUUUGGAGAAUUCAGACUUGGUCUGUGAUCUGAAACAUGAACUUUGGUUUUCAUUGUAAGCAUCUUCCAGGCCUCAGAAUCUGUGCCAUUUAAGUAAGUAACCUGCUGCUUUUUAGGCUCUGAACCACAAGCCUCUUACUUUCUCAGGCAAUGGGAUUUUCCCUUUAGAAAGCUAACUAGUGUUCCGCUUUUCUUUCUGUUCAUACAUGCAUUGUGCUCUUGAGUCAUAUGAUCCUAGUAGAUGGAAAAAGCCCAAAUCAGUACAUGAUCCAUUCUGGGAAACCAAGUGUCAUUUAAUAACCAUCAUGGGGGAAGAAUGCAGUUGAAUGUCAUUUUCAAUUUUGUGUAGAGUUUUCAACCUUAUUCUUUCUAAAUUUAAGAAAGUUACUUGAAUUUGUGAUUUACUUUUUCACUGAUCUGUUAGAUAACAAUUGCGUAGAUCAUAGUCAGGUGGGCAUGUGGUUAUACACAGUUAAUAAAGGUGCUUAAGAAACACAGGAAAUGCAGACCUGGUUGUCCCAGCUAGGUCCAAUGUAGAUUUGGGACAUGCUUUUCUGUUUAAGUGCCUUUUGUUUCAACUAACUCUUAAAUAAUUUUAUCUUUCCUUCACUUAAAAAAUUGCUAGAGGGUGUGUGUGUUUUAAAUAGUCUCUGAGUUAAAAGCAUCCAGUAUCCAGGAAAGAAGCGUAGAGUUGUGUGGAGUGUAAAACUGUAUACUGUUCAACCUUUCUUCUAGACCUCUUUAUAACAUCCCAUCUGAGUGGCAUGAAGACUUAACAGAUUUUUUUUGUUUGUAGUAGAUUGGGACUAACAUUUGGGUUUUAACCUUAGGACAGUUUUAGCUUGCUCCUCUUUUGAUAUGGGCUACCUAAAGAAAGGUGCAGCCACAUAAUAUAUCUUGUCCUUUUCCAUACUUUUUACUACUAAUAGUUUGAUAACCACUUGGCUUUUGUAGUUGGUUGUUAUUGCUUCAGUAAGAGGGUGAUUUCCCUGUGAUGGCUAGUCAAGAUAAGUCCAUUUUUAGUUCAGAGGAGGCAGUUCUGUGGCAGGCUGUCAAUCUGAGCUAAUAGUAUUGACAGAAGUAUCAGAUAAGCCAGGCUGUCAGAUUGGGUGGGUAGGAUGGUAUUUCCUGAGGUCAAAGCAUGAGAUCCUUCAGCUUGGAGCCUUGUGAUUUUGUAGCAGUAACUGACAGCUGCUCUAGAAAGCUGGAGAGAGGGAGCUGACUCAGUCAUCACUCUUAUCUGCUAGCAGACCCCUUGGAAGCUCCAGAGACAGAAGAAUAGUAGCACUCACUGUGUCUGCAUUAGAGCAGGCCUUAUUGACCACAGCAGUCAACAUACCCGGUUUCCUUGUAAAAAGGACCCUUCCAUCCUUUGUCCAGAGGAUCCUGUUUUUAUUAAAGUAGUGAAAGGACGUGUGUAGCUAGAUCUCUCCAAAUGCUACAUAAUGAAACAUACAGUUCUUCCCAAAUGAGAGUUAACAUUUAUAUAAUGCUUUAAGAUACACAAAGUGCUUUCUUUACAUCAGCCCUGUGAAAGUACUUGAAGUAUUAUCAUCCUGAAUUUUUAGGUGAAACAGGCUGAGUUGAAGUGACUGGCUAAAUAGACCAACUACUGAAGGUUUGGAGAUACAAAUCAAGAACAUCUUUUCUGACUCUGGGUCAGAAAAUUCCUAUGCUAUGUGUGUUUUGUUGAGUCAUUUUUCUGUUGUGUUUGAUUCUUCAUGAUCCCAUUUGGAGUUCUCUUGGAGAAGAUACUGAAGUGGUUUGCCAUUUUGUCCUCAUUUUACAGAUGAGGAAACUGAGGCAAACAGGGUUAAGUCGCUUACCCAGGGUCACAUAGCUAGUACAUAUCUGAAGUUGGAUUUGAACUCAGGUCUUCUUGACUCCAGGCUUGGCACUUUAUCCACUGUGCCACCUAGCUGUCCAUGUGUAGUAUUUAUUUAAAUAAUCUUGUUGGAAUGAAUUUAAGAGUUUGCAAAGAAUUUUGUUAUAUAAUUAGCUAGCAAUAUGAUUUCACCUUGACUCUUGUGCCUGUUGCAUGAAAGCAUCUGUGUCUUUCAGACAUCUGGAACCAUGUCUUAUUUGUCAUCUACAAAUUUAAGUGCAAUAUAUAUAUGAAUUACAAUAACGUGUUUUUAUAUGUGUGUGCUUCUUUAGUACUUCAUAAGAUCUAUGAUUUCAUUGUUGUGGAUCUUUUCUUGAUACAGAUAAAAACUCUUUGCCUUUAGGAGAAAGUCUUCAUGAAUUGCUGAGGCCACAAAAAUUCACCCAGUGGCUUCUUUUCUGAUGAUGAACUUUCCCAAACUUAGCUGGUUGGUCUUUGAGUGACAGUCUGUGAUCUAGCUUGCACAAAACACUUUUUUACCUUGCUAUAGGCCCAAGCCUCCAUUCUCUUUUGAGGCAUCAGAGAAGAACCUGAGUACAGGUCAUUAAUAUGUAUAGAUAGGUAAACAGUUGUGAGCAUAAAGUAGUAAGUCAGAUUGAUGUGCAUGGCUUAGGGAAAUCAAUCCAUUAUUUUCUAAUCUCACUGUAUAUCUUACUCAGAAUUUUAAUGAUAUAGCUUGGUUUAGGUCAGAUUUUGGCAAAAUUGAAAUUUUCAGUUUCUGAUUUUUGAAUCCGAGGGGUUUUCAGGCUUUAGGUUUUAGAGACUUAGUUUUUGGUGGCCUACGAUAGUUGGAAUAUCUAUUUAAAAGUCCUUUGUGUCAUCUAUUAUUUGCACAUUUCCUAGCUGUCUUUGUCCACUUAGAAUAAUAACUUGUAUUUAUAGAAUGCUUUAAAAUUAAAGCACCUAUUUUUCAUUUGGAAAGCAGUCCUUCCCAAGAACAAAGGAAACCUAUAAAUGAAGAUAUCUAAAUAUACUUCUAAAGCCAUCCUUCCCCUUAUGUAUAAAAUUGUUUAUAUGUGAAUAGGAAGAUGACUGUUUUAAUGAAAUAUUUUCUACACUGUUAACAUAUAUAAGACUAGAAAUGAAACAUUUAAUCAUUUUUCAUAAGCCAAAGUGAAGCCUUUUUCUUUGGGAGGCCAAUUUUUCCAGUGACUCAAAAUAGAAAAUGUGUAUUAAGUAAUUUGCAUUGAUAACAUCACUAGAAGGAAAAGAAAGGAAAACAUCAUUGGUUACCACAUACACUUGAGAUAGAGCAAAGGAGAUGUCAGCAAUCUUAUUUGGAAUGCAUGGCUAGUAGUAAUGGUAGUGAUAGUGUGGGAGCAGCAUGAAAGACUGAAUCCAUUUCUACUCAGUAUAGCGUUUUCUCAAACCGUUUUGUCAAUGCCCUUCAUCCCUGUUUUUCUGGAAGAGAGGCUAAUAAUGAGCAGAGGCAUCUGGGUUCCAUUGUAUAAACAAUUUUGAAUUAGCAGACUGAUUAUAAUGGGUGUUAUUCAUAUGACUGUCUUCAUUUUGGUCUUCUGAUCAUUUCUGUAACUUGGGGAUCUUUUUAGGAUUCUCCUGUUGCAGAAAUAGGAAGGAAUUUCAUUGUCUUACACACACAAACACUCACAUGUAUGUCUUGUUUUAGAUGUUGUCGCCUUAUAACCACCAAAGAAUUCCUAGUACCUAAAGAAAAGGAAAUUGGUACAUAGUGCAAGGGAAAACAUUUAACAGUUAUGACUUUUUUCAACUACUCAUGUCACCACUAAAGUUGCAGGAACACCUUUUAAUCUUUUUAGCGUUUGUUUGUUUUUUUUUGACUGCAGAGUUUUGCAUACAGAUAAAGGGAAGGGCUUUUUUGAGAAUCCUUAGUUACAAUUCUUCAAAAUGGGCUCUUUUUACCGUGUUCACAGAAGCUAAAGCUGUUUAUAGCUUACUGAAUUAAAAGUUUCUCACUACCAGGAUCUUGAAUUAAUAAUGUAAAGUGUCUCCCUUUCAUAUUAACAGUUUUGAUAUGGAAUACUUUUUGCUCCAAGGGUGUUGAAGGAAGAUGAUAAAGGUUUAAAUUCCAGGAUCAUGAAAUCUAGAAGCCAAACUCUGUCCUGGCUACUUCUAGCUUGUCUUGUUUCCUCAAAUAUUCAGGAAAGGUAUGGCCCUCUUAGCAAGACAAGUUGUAGACUGGGAGCAGUACAGAAACAUCAUGCUAAAAAAGAUGACUACUUCAGUAUAUUUAAUGGUGGAAUAAAAACUAUUAACAAGUUUUUUGAGUUUUAUAUCUCCAAAACUGACUAGUGGUUUUUUUUCAAGGCAUCAUCUUAGAUUUUGUGUAGUAAGGGCAGUAUGUAAACCCAGAGGUUUUCAGAAUUCAUAGCAAUGUAUAUUCUUAUGAAAAGUCACCACUUGGCCAUUUGAAAUGACUGAUAGCUUGUCCAUCCUGUCCCCUUAAUAUACAAAGAAAGGCACAAAAGAACAUUUUAACAUCUAUUAUCCCCCAAAGUGGGAGUGUUGGUAAAUAUCUGAAAAUACAUACCAGAAGACAGUCAAGAAAAAACUGUAAUGUAGGUUCUAAGGAAUAAACCUAGGCCUAGCUCUUUACCAGAAAUAUAGUAUGUUUGGUGCCAUAUGUAAUGUUGCCUUGCCCUGUGGCUGUACGGUGCAGCCCUGUUAGACUGCUCCAGAUGUCUUUGCCAUCUUCUGUGCAUGAAAUAUAAUGAGAUCAAUUUUUCCAUCCUGCCUGGUUUUCUUUGUGCAGUAGGGAGCAUAGAGGAAUUUCCCUAGUAUUGCCACUGUGUAUUCAUGUACCCUGUCGGUGUUUUGCUGUUUGUUUUCUAAAGAGAUCUGCUCAAUAAAUCUGUUCAAAAUCCA